AUGUUUCUUUCUUUUUUAUUGUUGUUGUUCUUCUUCUUCUUCCUAUUAUUUAUUCUAUUUUUUCUUAUUCUAUUUCUUCUAUUUUUCUUUAAUUUUAAAAUUUUUUUUUAUUCAUUCUCCAUUAUUUACAUUUCUUUAACUUUUCCUUUAUUCUUUGCAUUCUUCAAUUUUUCUUCCAAUUAUCAAUUCUUCUAUUCCUUCUUUUUCUUCUAUCUUUUUUCUUUUUUUUCCCAAAGGAAAAAAUUCCUACACUCAUAUUAUUCUUUUGUAAAUAUUUAUUUAUUUUUUAUUCUUUCGAGCUUGUUUGUUUUUUUCUUACUUUACUUGUUUCUCUUUCUCUUUCUCCACAGGUGUUUACUUUCUUUCUUUUUUUUUUCCAGUUAUUUUUCCUCAAGUUAUUUUUUUAUUCUUAUUACUUAUCUUUUUGCCUUUUGUUUCUUUAUUUACAUAUAUUUUUUCUUUAUCUUUCAUUCUUUCAUUUUCCUUGUACAGGCUUUCAUUUUCAUUAAUUCACUCAUUUUUUUUCUUUUUUCUUUUUGUGUGUGUUUCUUCCAUCUUUAUUUUAUGAUUUCUUUUCUUCCAUUUUUUUUCUUUAUACUUUUUUUUUCUUUUGUAGUUUCUCUUUUUUUCUUUUUUACUUUAUAUUCUCAGAAUUUUUUUGCUCUCUUUUUUAUUUUAUUCGUUUAUAUGUUUCUUUUCCUCUUUUCACUUCCUUUUAAUUAA